UGAGCUAGAGACGAAGUUUGCCUAUAUAUGGCGGGAGGCUCCUUUGCGUCGAAGUUUUUCGCACCCAAUCACCUCUCUAUCUCUAUCUCGCCACACUCUUCGCUAAUUACACUCCCACCCCUUUAAAAUCCUCCAAUCCCAAAACCCUCCCAAUCUCUGCCACCCAAAAUCUGCACCACCCUCGAUUUCAGUUCCAUUUUACUAUUGCUUCAGCACCUCCGUCGUUACUUGUAAAAAAAAAAAGCACCUCCAUCGUUAAUUUCUCGAAUUCUAGGGUUUUCUUUGGUUCCUGUCAAAACCUAGGAAUUUCUCUCUGAGAGAGAGAGAGAGAGAGAGAGAGAGAGAGAGAGUUGGGGCGGUGUCGGAACUUUCGAUUUCAAUGGAGGUCCCGGCCUUGGUCGCCGCCUCCGCUACCACGCGUGGUGGUUCUCUCUCCAUGCAGCCACCAUCGUCGUCUCCUUCAUCCCGCAAAGAGUGGCGCGCCGUUUCGGAACAUCGCAACGCUGGGGAUGAGGAUUUGGAACGAUCGAAAUUGGCACAGACAGAUGAGAGAACUAUAUAUGAGGUGCAGCAGGGACGAGAGCCUCUUGAUGUUGACUUCUGUUCAAUCACAGUGAACGGUAGCUUAGAUGAUGAACUUUUGCUGCAAAGACUUCAUAAUGUUGCUAGACAAAGAGAGGAAUUGCAACGGGUGGAGAUUGAACUUAGAGCUCAAAUAGUUGCAAGAUCUGAGAUGAUGGGAAUGCAAAGCAACUUUGAUGCUCAGAUCAAAGAGCAUGCUAUUUCUGCUGCCAAGCUUCAGGAGCAACUGCGUGAAAGGGAAAAGACCAUACAAGAGUUGGAAAGGAUGAUGGAAGAGAAAGAUAGAGAGGUUCAUGCAAUUAAAUUGGAUAAUGAAGUGUCGUGGGCUAAAGAGGACCGCUUCAGAGAACAAGAUAAAGAACUAGCAUCAUUCAGAAGAGAGCAUGAUCACUCUGAGGCCGAAAGAGCCCAACAUAUUAAACAGAUUCAUGACCUUCAGGAGCAUUUUCAAGAAAAAGAGAUGCAGCUUAUUGAGUUGCAAGACCAGCAUAGGGUUGCUCAAGAAACCCUUAUUUAUAAAGAUGAACAAUUGAGAGAAACCCAAGCCUGGAUUGCUCGUGUUCAGGAGAUGGAUGUCUUGCAAUCAACUACGAAUCAUUCGUUACAAGCUGAACUGCGUGAACGUACUGAACAAUAUAACCAGCUGUGGCUCGGUUGUCAAAGACAGUUUGCAGAGAUGGAAAGAAUUCAUCUGCAUACAAUACAACAGCUCCAACUUGAGCUGACUGAUGCACGAGAAAGGAGUGGAACUUACGGUGAUGAGUCUGGUUUGUCCCAAAAAAAUUCAAAGGAUGUGUCUCAGUUUGGUCAGGGCAAUGGAAACCAACUAGAUGCAGAUGGAGGUGGUACAUCAGGUGGAAAUUCUGGUGUCCUUUCUAGUGGGAAUUCAGGCAGUGCUUCAUCUUUUGCUUCGUCUGGCAAUCCUUCAACCCAGACGGAUCACAUUUCCAGUGUUCCACUUGCACCUUCAAGUCUGCUCGGAUACCUUCAACCUGGACAAGUGACUGCUUUGCAUCCGUCAUAUGUCAUGCAUCAACAGGGGGUUCCCCAUUCUUUGCCAUCGCAUGUUCCUUCAUCACAUGUUGGACAGUUCCACUCAAUACCAGCAAUGGGUUCCCUGCAACAAUGGCAGAACCAACAGGCUGUAUCAGAGGGUUCGCAGAUAGCUACACAUAAUGAACUUCCACCAUCCCAAACUGACCAAAGUAUGGUGAGAUCAGAUGCAAACUACUCCUAUGAAAUGCCUGUUAAUGGACAAGCUCUUCGUCAAGACUAUCUGGAUAUUCGUAUCAGCCAUGGGCCAAAGCCUGAUUCUGGAGUCUUGUCAUCUUCUGGGGAAGCACAGGUUCUUGAGUCAAGUGAUGGAGGUUAUGUUGCUGCUCCCAAACCUGAGCAGAGCCUGCAUCAAAUUUCUUCCCAAUCCCAUGAUGCCGUAAGAUUGGAUAUAGACCAAAACAGUGAAAACAAGGAGCAGAAUGUACUGACUUCUUCUAAUCAUGGACUAGAAGGCCAAUCAACAGCAGAAGGACCAAGUUCUGUUGCCAACCCAUCAGCAUCUGAUAAAAUCCAUUCUGUUAAUCUCAGUGAAACCGCAGUAAACAAUGCCAGUGCAGCUUUACCCGAAUCAUUUGUCUCAACUGGGCAGUCAAAUAUACUGACAGCUGGAAAGGCUUCAGAGCUUGCUCUUCUUGAUGAAAGAUCACUGUUGGCUUGCAUAGUUCGUACAAUUCCUGCUGGUGGUCAAGUUCGAAUCAGUUCGACGCUACCAAAUAGGCUGGGCAAGAUGCUUGCACCUUUACACUGGCAUGAUUACAAGAAAAAAUAUGGAAAGCUUGAUGACUUUGUGUUUGGUCACCCUGAGCUAUUUGUGAUUGAAGGCGACUACAUUCAGCUUCGAGAAGGAGCACAAGAAAUGAUAGCAGCUGAAGCAGCUGUUGCCAAGGUUGCUGCAGCAGCUGCAGCGUCGUCUCCUUACUCCUCAAUUUUGCCUUCAAUGGCUGUCACUCCAGUGGCACAACCUCACCGACUGAGAAAGGUUCCAUCCAUUGAGUCCAAAAUUUUAAAAACUGACAAGACAGCUUUCAAGGAGUAUGCAAGCAUCUCUCCAAAUUCAAUUGAUGAACCAUCACAGCUCUCUUUGACGCAGAAUCAACAAUCAAAUGGUGUUGGUUUUGGUCUUUCUAGAGGUCUGUUGAAUAUGCAAAUUUUGAGCAAACCUAAAGAUCCUCAGGAAAUGAAUGGCCCUGAAAAUAGGGCUGUACAGUCUGCAUUUGUGACAGUUGGGAAUGGAGCAAAUAUUAGUAAUAGAUCAAGUUUGAAUGGUUCCCAGAGAACGGGUCCAGCUAAUGGGAGAGCUAACCUGAAUUUUGUUGGAAAACAGCAGGGCAGGAUGACUGGUGCUGUAUUUUCUUCCAGAAGAUAGCAAGUCUGCUUUUUAUUCUUGGAGACGUGGAAUCAUGUGGAUAAUAUCAUGACCAGUAAUAUGCACGAGUCUGAAGAUCGAGAUGUUUGCAAGAGAAUAUUCUUGCUGAUUGAAUUUUCAGUGAGAUUAUCUUAUAGAAGUCUCUGAUUGGAAUUGUUAUUGUUUC